AUGCCGCCUAGAAGAAUCAAUAACCGGCAACCUCAUGACCCAGUUCUCGCCGGAUAUAAUACUUUCCUCGAAAAUUCUAGGCUCGACGAGAAUGGAAACCCUUUCUCGGAAACCAUCUUUAGGAUCGAACAGCGGCAGGACUGGGCCCUUGUGAAGAACAGGAGAAUUCUGAACUCCAUUGAACACAAUGGAAAUUCUCUCAGGCACAAGGCUGAUGGUCCUCCUUCACUUUUUGAUAUAGUCAGGCGAUUUUUGAACCAGAACCUGAAAGAUCUGAGUAUCGAAGCAUUGGAGGGUGUUCCGUGGUCUAUCAUGAAAUGUAUCUGGGAUGAUGUAUUAUCUUCAGGACAGGAGAACGUCCAAACUUGGACAUUGUUUGCUACAGUUUAUGGCGUAAAUAACCCCAUUGUUCCCGAAAAGGUUGAGCUAAUUCUAAGCGACAGCAAGAGCCCGAUUUCGAUACUUCCUCCGAUGAGAAAGAAAAAGAAGAUCGUGGUAAAAGGAUAA